AUGAUAGGUGCCAUGGCGCCGAAGAUAUCGGAUGUCUGUUUUGAAGCCCUAAAAACAGACAAUGAGAACCUACGGGCAGACCAACGAAAGAUGGUCGAAGACAUGGAGAAAUCAAAGGAAGAAUCCAUGGAUCUAAUGCGACAACUCCUACAAAAUAUGCAGCAGUUCCAACUGACGGUGUAUGUAAGAUUGGAUGCCUUAGAGAAGAAGGAACACUCUACUCUACAGCCGACAUCAUCACUCCGCCCAGAGCAGUUAGAAUCAUAA